AUGGAAUUGGUAGCAGUUUCCACAUUUGUCCUUGUGGCGGUUUUAGCCUGGUUUAUAUUCCCGAGGCACAAGAAUCUUCCGCCCGGGCCUCAUCCUUUUCCGAUCAUCGGAAACCUUCACCAACUUGGCAAAAAUCCGCACUGGGGCAAAGCGGUAAAUAUCGGGGAGGCCAUCUUCACGGCGAUGGUCAAUCUAAUGUUCGCGACACUCUUCUCAACUGAAGAUGCUAGUUUUGAUUCGAAUAAUGAAUCAUCAUCUGAUGAUCAGGAAUUACUUAAGACAACCAUUGAGGGCAUUGCGAAUAUCAUGGGACGUCCUAACUUUGCGGACUUCUUUCCGAUUCUUAAACCGUUCGAUCUGCAGGGGUUAAUCGGAUGUCCGGGAUUUACUUGGGGAAGUUGCUUUUGUUUAUUGAGGGUGUUAUCAAUCAGAGACUGGAAUCGAGAAAAUCAUGCAAGACCAUCAAGAAGAAGACUGAUUUUCAGGAGACGCUUCUUGAUCUACAACACAACGAACGUAACGACUACGUACGACUUUAGCAUCAAUGUCAUUAAGCAUUUCCUUAUGGACUUGUUUGUGGCGGGAUUAGAGCCAACAGCGUGCACGCUGGAGUGGGUUAUGACAGAAUUACUUUUGAAUACGGAGGUAUUGUUUAAGACAAAGCAGGAGAUGAUGUAUGUGGCGGGAGAAAACGAAAACCUGAACGAAUCAGAUGUAAUGGGGCUCCCAUACUUGAAAGCUGUGAUCAAAGAAGCCCUUCGCCACGAAAGUCGGAACACGAUGCACAUUGCACACGUGAGUGGCUAUUUUAUCACCAAAGAGACACAAUUGGUUUUUAACGUGUGGGAGAUUGGGAGAGACCCCGGGAUCUAG